AUGGUCUCAAGUGCCUUACCAUUGUGCGCGGCACUGCUUUUAGCUGCUUUUUCUGCUGUAUCGAAGGCACAAGUAUCUUAUGCUGUUACUACUUAUACUGCACCAGUUUCUGGUUAUUGGAAUCCGGCUACUAUUGAAGGUGAGGGUCCUAUUGUAACAGUGGACAGAAUAAUUUUUAAUAAUCCGUAUAAUGCAUCUAAUGAUGCUAAGUGUUUGUUGACACCAGAACAAAAGGCGGCUGUUUUGGACCUAAUGAAUAAGUACAGAUCUAUGUUUGUUGACACUCCUAAUUUGACCUGGUCUGAUGCUUUAGCCAAACGGGCUGCGUGGUGGGCUUGCAAAUUUGAUGUAUACAAGGACAUUCCAGAAGACCCUCCAGAUUACGACUACAAUAUUGGUAAAAGCAUGUACGCAGGAGCUGCUGCUAAUCCAGUCGGUGCUGUAGACAUGUGGUUUGAUGAAAUUAAUAGUUAUAAUUACAGCCAUCCUGGCUUUUCCUGGCCAACUGUACAUUUUACACAGCUUGUUUGGAGAUCCACCACAGAGGUUGGUUGUGCUGCAAAUUUAUUUUGGCCCGCUUUUGACGGUUCGCCCAAUCAAUACUUUGUUGUGUGUCAGUACUUACCUGCUGGUAAUAUGUUUGGUCAAUUCCCUGAAAAUGUUAUGCCUCUGAAACCAGCUUAUAAAAGUCUUCAUUGGUCAACACUUCAUUCGGUAACCGCCCCCAUAAAUUGGACAUCUAUGUCUCUAUAUCAAAAAACACAUACUAUAGCUCCAAUUACUAUAACUCCGACAUCAAAUCCUAACCCUGUUUACACAAUACCUUUUGGAGAUUGGUCAGACUUCUUUCCAUCAACAGCCCAGUUUACUUAUUUAAGUGCCACUGACAGUUUAACUACCACUGCAACAACAACUACCCCAAGCAACAGUAAUGGUUCUGCUGUUGAUGCUACUAGCAGAUCAACCAUCACUUCUGAGAAAUCUAUCUCAAGCAACAGUCAUGCUUCUGCUAUGAAUACCACUGACAGAUCAACUGUCAUUUCUAAGAAAUCUAUCUCAAUCAGUCAUAGUUCUGCUAUGGAUGCUACUCACAGACCAAUCAUCAUUUCUAAGAAAUCUACUUCAAACAGUAAUGGUUCUACUAUUGAUGCUACUGACAGAUCAACCUCCACUUCUGAAAAAUCUACUCCAAGUAACAGUCAUGGUUCUGCUAUGAAUACUACUGACAGACCAACCACCAUUUCUAAAAAAUCUACCUCAAUCAGUCAUGGUUCUGCUAUAGAUGCCACUGACAGAUCAACCUCCACUUCUAAGAAAUCUGUCUCAAUCAGUCAUAGUUCUACUAUAGAUGCUACGGACAGAUCAAUCAUCACUUCUAAAAACUCUGCCUCAAUCAGUCAUGGUUCUGCUAUUGAUGCUACUGACAGAUUGACCACCACUUCUAACAAAUCUACCUCAAUCAGUCAUGGUUCUGCUAUUGAUGCUACUGACAGAUCAACCAUCACUUCUGAAAAAUCUACUCCAAGCAACAGUCAUGGUUCUACUAUGGAUGCUACUGACAGAUCAACUACCACUUCCAGCAAAUCUACCUCUAGCAGCAGUAAUGGUUCUGUUAUGAAUACUACUGACAGAUCAACCUCCACUUCUAAGAAAUCUACCUCUAGCAGCAGUAAUGGUUCUGCUAUGAAUAAUACUGACAGAUCAACUACCACUUCUAACAAAUCUACCUCAAUCAGUCAUGGUUCUAAUAUAGAUGCCACUGACAGAUCAAUCAUCACUUCUAAAAAAUCUACCUCAAUCAGUCAUAGUUCUACUAUUGAUGCCACUGACAGAUCAACCACUACUUCUAACAAAUCUACUUCAAACAGUCAUGCUUCUACUAUGGAUGCUACUAACAGAUCAACCAUCACUUCUGAAAAAUCUACUCCAAGCAACAGUCAUGGUUCUACUAUGGAUGCUACUGACAGAUCAACUACCACUUCCAGCAAAUCUACCUCUAGCAACAGUAAUGGUUCUGUUAUGAAUACUACUGACAGAUCAACCUCCACUUCUAAGAAAUCUACCUCUAGCAGCAGUAAUGGUUCUGCUAUGAAUAAUACUUGUUGA